AUGACAUCCGGUGGUCUGCAGUACCGUGCUCUGUAUGUUUAUAAAAAGAGCCGGGUGGACGAUAUUUCCUUCAUUACUGGUGACCUUCUAACAGUGACCAAGCAGAGCAUAGUCACUCCAGAUUAUAUGGAUGGGGACGAGUUGUGCCCCAAAGGAUGGAUGAAUGGUGUAAAUGAAAGAACCAAGGAGAAAGGACUUUUCCCGGGCACUCAUGUGGAAUUCAUUGGGCCAGUCCAGUGUUUGCAACGAAGAACAAAACACAGAGAAAGGCCAGUACCUCCAACUCCAAUGGCAUCAAUUGAUGAAGGAG